AUGGGGGAGGAAGUUGAAAAAAUUGGAGGACGUUUUGUACGUUUUGCUGGUUCUCCCUCAAGGUAUAUCAAAUUGAAUGUUGGUGGUGCAUUGUACCAGACCACGAUAUCUACAUUAACCAAGCACGAUUCUAUGUUACGUACCAUGUUUUCUGGCCAAAUGGAGAUAUCACAUUUAUCAGUAAGUGUAGAUAUAUAUCAAACAUCUUACACUACAAUGCGCACCAAAAUCGGUGAAGCCAAUGCACUGCUAAACUAA